AUGGUACUAUUUGCAAUGUUAUGUAGAAUAUCAGAUGGUUUGAUGUUAUCUGAAUCAAUGGACUCUGGACCAGAAUCAUUUGAUCAAUAUAAACAACAAGCAAAGACUAUAUUUAGUAAACUAUCAAGAGUAUCGGAAAAGGAAAUGACUUUUGAAACUGAUAAAUAUUACUUUGCGUAUUUAAUAGAGAAUGAUGUUUGUUAUUUAACAUUUUGUGAAAGAUCAUAUCCAAAGAAAAUGGCAUUUAACUUUUUAGAGGAAAUAUAUAAAGAGUUUGAUACUUGUUAUGGUUCUGAAGUAGCUAUUGCAAAGAGACCCUAUCAAUUUGUAAAAUUUGAAUCAUUUAUAACAAAAACAAAGAAAUUGUAUAAAGAUUCUAGAACACAAAGAAAUCUAUCGGAUGUAUCUUAUGAAUUGAGAGAUGUACAUAGAAUCAUGUCUAAAAAUAUACAAGAUAUCAUUGGAAGAGGUGAAAAAUUGAGUGAUGUCAAUCAAAAAUCGGAAAUGUUGUUGGCAGAGUCAGUCAAAUACGAAAAGCAAACAUUGGAUCUUGCCAGUAAACUAUUCCUAAAGAAAUAUGGUCCUCUUUUAAUUGUAUUAUUAUUUGUUUUAAUCUUUAGUAGUAAUAAUAGUAGUAAUAAUGAUGUAGAUGAUACAAGAAUAAAGAUAAGAAUAGGUGACAAGGCAGACCUAUCCAAAAAGUUUGAAAUGAAAGAUGUAAAGAUGUUUGUAGAGGUGUCAGGUGAUGCCAACCCAGUUCACACAGACCCUGUUUAUGCAAGUACUACUAGAUUCAAGAAACCAAUCAUCCAUGGAAUGUUGGUUGCAUCUGUAUUAUCUGCACUUGUUGGUACAAAGUUGCCUGAAUUAAACUUUAUUAAACCAGCCUAUGUUGGUGAUACGAUUAGAGCAGAGGUUACUAUUAUGGAAGGAUCACGUUCAUCAAAGAUACUACUCGACACUAAAUGUAUUGCUGUCUGUCAUCAAACCGGUAAAGAAACAACUGUUAUCACUGGCCCUGCAAUUAUCUAUCAUCCCAAUGUCGACAUUGUUAUUGACAAAUGA